GCCUUUCCUUCUGAGCUGUUACCUGCUGUGACUGUGGUAAUAUAAUUCUAUAGGAGUGGGGGUGUGUCCUACCAAAAGCAGGUGGGGUCCUGGGCUAAACUUUCUGCUAUGCUUGCCUUUUUCAAGGUGGCUCGGUAGAUCAGGGCUCUGGCCACCCAGCUUGAAACCAUAGUUUUGUCCUCAGAACCCACCUGGUAGGAGAGAACCAACUCCUGCAAGUUGUGCAAACUUCUGCAUGGGUACCGUGGUAUAGGUGCACUCUCUCCAGACACAGUGAUGGUAGUAUGUUACAGUUUCCUCUGAACCGCUCCAUCACACACUGCACUAAUUUAUUAAUUCUCUUCUACUGUACUUUCACAACCCAUUAAGUUUAGAAAUGAAAUGAGGAAAGAGGUCUAAAAAGAGUAACUUUCUCUCAACAGCUUGUUUCUGUUUAUCUCACCCUAGUCUCCCUUUUCCUUCCCCUUGCAACAACACAGGGUUUCUCUGUGGAGCCCUGGCUGUCCUGGAACUCACUGUGUAGACCAGGCUGGCCUUGAACUCACAGAGAGUCUCCUGCUCAUUUCUAGCCUAUAUUGUUUCCGUUUUACCAUGACUGUUAAGGAAUCCCUAGAACUAUACGAUGAUACUCUUAGAUUCAUAGAAAUAGGACAAUGAGUCUUUGAUUUGUUUUAGAAUCCUUACUGCUGCUUGUCUUUCCUCCCAGGGUCAUUUCUCUGCUGUAGAGGCUUCGAGUAAUCCACUGGGCACCUAGCUUGAAAUCCUGUCCUCAGAGUUCAUGCUGUUCUGUGAAGUGGAUGUGUAUGCUCCUAUUUUAAAAUAAUGAGUUUAACUAGUGAUGUAUUGAGAGUUGAAACCUGGCUUUUGGCAACAUGGCAUGUUAAAGUGCCUCUAAUGUGGCUGGAAGCUUGUGUUAAUUGGAUCCAAGAAGAAAAUAAUAAUGUUAAUUUGAGCCAAGCACAAAUAAACAAACAGGUGUUGGAGCAAUGGCUUCUUACUGACCUGAGAGACUUGGAAUAUCCUCUCUUACCUGAUAACGUUUUAGAAAUUCCAAAGGGAGAACUGAAUGGAUUUUAUGCUCUACAGAUCAAUUCUUUGGUUGACGUAAGUCAGCCUGCGUAUUCCCAGAUACAAAAGCUGAGAGGAAAGAAUACAACCAAUGAUCUAGUUUCAGCUGAAACACAGAUUACUCCAAAACCAUGGGAAGCAAGGCCUUCCCGGAUGCUGAUGCUGCAGCUCACGGACGGUGUCACUCAAAUUCAAGGGAUGGAGUAUCAGUCUAUUCCAGCUCUCCAUGGUGAUCUUCCUCCAGGUACAAAAGUUUUGGUUCAUGGACGCAUUUCAUUCCGUCUUGGUGUUCUCUUGUUGAAACCAGAAAAUGUGAAGGUGUUAGGGGGUGAGGUAGAUGGUCUUUCAGAAGAAUAUGCUCAAGAAAAAGUACUUGCAAGAUUAAUUGGUGAACUUGAUCCAACAGUUUCAGUUGUACCAAGUAAUUCUGAUCACAGUGUGCCCAGAGUUUCAGGGGGGUUGGAUGCUGUUUCAGGACCUUCAGAUGAAGAACUCUUGGCAAGUCUCUAUGCAAGUGAAGAGCCUGCAGCCAGCAGUGAUGCAUCACCCACGGGAGGAAGCUGUUUCAGCACAGGCAGCUCCUCAACUACCACUCCCACAAUUCAGCCUAGUUCUGAGGCCGGAUGUAAUAUUUCUUUAAAGCACAAGGAGAAGCCAAACCAAUCUGUGCAUUUCACUAGUGGAGAGUUUGAUGACUUCUCACUGGAGGAGGCCUUGCUUUUAGAGGAAACUGUCCAGAAAGAACAGAUGGAAACAAAAGCAUUACAACCAUUAACUUUGAAGAAAAACACAGAUAAAUGUGUAGAGAUAUUUUCACAUAAACCUAAUACUCUGAACCACACUCCUUUGAUUAAUAAACAAGGAAACAGCAAUUGCAUUGAAAAAAAAUUAUCUGAACAAAUAGUUCACAAAGACAAAUUUUUUAGCUGUCCAUCUGCGAGAGACCAUCAUAAGAGACUCUCAGCCCAUGAUUUUACAGAUGACAGUAAGACUUUGGAAGUCAGUAAUACAACAGAGCAAAACAUUGACAUUUCAGAUGAACAUUGCUCCAGAAAUAAAAUGUUAAACAGAAAACUAGGAACCUGUCUAUCAGAAAAGAGUUCAGAGGUUUCUAAUGAAAAUGGCUCCCCUUUACAGGCUUGUUCUUCAAGAUCAGUUGAGAAUAAUACUGAUCUCUCUAUUGACAUGGACUUACAUUCUCCACCCUUUAUCUAUUUGUCUGUUCUAAUGGCCAGAAAGCCAAAGGAAGUCACCACUGUGACAGUCAAAGCAUUUAUUGUCACUUUGACUGGGAAUCUCUCAAGCUCCGGUGGCUGCUGGUGUGUGACUGCAAAAGUUUCUGAUGGCACCGCCUAUCUAGAUGUGGACUUUAUAGAUGAAAUACUUACCAGUAUGAUAGGCUUUUCAGUACCAGAAAUGAAGCAAUUAAAAAAAGACCCUCUUAAAUAUCAAAACUUCCUAAAAGGGUUACAAAAAUGUCAGCGAGAUCUGAUAGAUUUGUGUUGCCUAAUGACUAUUUUAUUUGAUCCUUUUUCACAUAAAGCCUUGGUACUUGAAUUACAAGAUGUUGGUGUAGAGCACCUUGAGAACCUAAAGAAGCGGCUGAAUAAAUAAUUUGACAAAAAUACCAUUGGAGUACACUUUAAAAACAUACAAAUAUUUGUUCGUAUUAUUUUUGGAACUCUGUAAAGGAAAAACUUUUGAGCUUAAAAACGGGUGAGAUGGCUGAGUGGCUAAACAGGCUUCUGCCAAGUCUGAGGACCUGAGUUUGAUCCCUUGGUCCCUUGUGGCUGAAGGAGAGAAACAACUCCCAAAAUCUGUUGUCUGUCCUUCACACAUGCAGCAUGGAGCUCGUGCACACAUAAACAUACACACAUAUACGCUAAAUGACAUUUAAAAAUAAAGAUAUUUAAUCAAAA